CGACAUUGAGCCGGCAGCGCACAGUCGCUGUUUGAGUUUGGUCGUGUGAAUAUAGUUUUUUCAGCCUUAGAAAUCUGCAAAAGUUGCUAUGAAGUUUGUAGGUGUUGUAGCAUUGUUUUUGGCGUUGGUGUUAGCUGCACUGCUGGACUGCGCAGUAGCCGCCGAUUGCGAGUAUCGCGGACAAAAGGCAAAUAAGGGCGAAAAUUUCCAAAUAAAAGGCGAGUGCAGCCAGUACACCUGCGACGGACCCGGCGCUAUCUCUGCCAAAACUUGCCCAUCCAUUUAUGCGCCACCAAGUUGCAAGUACACGCCGCAGGACGACUCGAAGCCUUACCCCGCCUGCUGUGAAUCGUAUGAUUGUUAGUGACUUACGCGUGCCCGUCAAAUUGUUUUUGUGUUUUUUGAAAUGCCAAAUAAAUGGAC